AUGGCCGAAGAGGUUCCUCCAUUGCUGAGGCUACCUGCCGAACUAGUUCAACACAUCUUAUCCUUCCUGAAUCCGUUCAGCCUGGCAAGAGUUGCUCAAACGUGCAACGCCUUACGCACGCAGAGCUACGACGAUCGGAUCUGGCAACCGCAUGUCAACGAGCACUCUCCUACGCCAAUCUUGGAUUCCAGGCCGCUUAAAUCGUUCCGCGAGCUAUACGUUGCGCACCAUCCAUACUGGUUUCUUCUACGCAAUCAGAUCUGGUUCGCAGACACGUUCCCAAAUGGCAAGCUCGUCAUUUGCCGCUACGAUGGAAAUGAAGGGGCGAUUGUAGCACAUGCAAUCGUCGCAUCUCGGACAUCUCAUACGCUCCAGCGAUGGGAGAAGGACCUCGAUGUCAUCAUCCAUAGCUUUGAUCCGUACGUUGGACUCAACUUGGAACGACCGGUACUCAGACUGGGUGCAGACAGCCAGAAGACCGACGAUCAGCCAAACAACUUUCCCAGCGAUAGGGGCUAUGGCCAACCGUCGAAGUAUAGCAAGGAGGUGAUCAUGGAAAUGCACGCUGAGUCCGGCUUGUUCAGCUCAUUCAUGCUAUGCCGCGCGAUCCCUGAGGCUGCGAUGUUUGACGGGAUCAGAGCGUGGCCCCCUCUACGCUUCCCAGCGACAACACGAGCGCGCAACUCCACGCAAGACUCAUACGAGUCGGCUGGACAUCGACCAAAUGCACUCAGCGAGGUCAGUGAGAGCAACUUCAGACUGCGAAAGUGGGUUGAAUACAACGGACGUCGCUCCAGCCCGCGACUGCUUGACUUCACUUCUCCAAAUGGUCUUGCGGCAGCACUUGGCCUGACCGGACGUACUCUCACGACUACUGUAUCGACGAACGGCGAUGGUGGCAUGAGCAUACGGAUGCCGGAGGACAUCUCGACCUACGCUACACUUCCUAGAUCUUGCUACAUGCCGACAGCGGAAAAGCCGUGGCAAGGGAUCUACUGUGGCGAUUACAGCGGGCAUGGCUGCGAGUUCAUCGUCGUACGACAGCUCACCAAGGAUGAGGCAGGGCCACUUCCCGAAGGCAUAGACCCGCUCCAAGGCUACUUCCAAGGAAACGAUCGGCCUGUGUUGGCCUCUAAUCCAGACGAAGACUGGUCUACGCAAGCCGACAGCGACCGCGAAGAUGCUCCAACUGGAAGGAUCGAAGCUAUCAAAUUGACUGGCGAUAUCAACAUACCACGAGGCGAGCAUACGUUCAUUGCGCCGGACAUUGGACAUGCCGGAUUGGUGCGGAUUGCAGACGAGGAGGUGUUCCGGGGUGCGAGGAUCGUGAGAUCUGCGGGGCAUAUCGCUCACCAUGGUUUCCAGAUGGACGAAUGGAUGCCAUCGCAGCUGAUCAUGGUGUCUCACGAUACGCUUUGUCAAUACUGGACAAGCUUUGGGCAUAUGUCGUACUAUCGUCGAGUGGACCUGGAUGCGCUGUUCAACUACUCGGCGGCAGACGGUGGGGAGGCGUGUUGA